CAUGUUUUUCAAUGCGCAUCAUCUUCUGCGCAGGUUUGGGAGGUCGCUCUUCCCCUGCACAGCUGUGUACAUUUCCUUAAAGACGUCCGAUUCCUCCUCCCUCCGGCCUUGGACGACGUCUUCGACAAGCGGGGACGCAUGAAGAAGAGUUUCUGCUCGCGUUGCAUCAAGUUUGGUUGAUCUGCGACCUUGCAUUGUGGAGAACGAGCUCGUUUUGUGCGGGAGGGAAGCCCCGAUCGAGCGUAGGAGCCCACCAUGAUCUGUCUAUUUCACUGUUGAUUUCAUCAACAAGAGGUGCGAAGGGCGACCCUCCAACUAAGGACUGAUGCAAUAACAACAUACAUGGACCGUACGCAACCUUCAACGCUCGCCACAACGAUAUAAAGUUGUGAAACUGUAAUAAUUGAAACAUUCGCGGAAUCGGACAUGAGUACCAAGAGCGAUACCUCGCCAGGUGCGGAAGGAAACGACCCCCCGCCGACCCCGACAGUGAAAGAAAAGAAGACUUCGGUCCCCGCGUUCGAUAUAGGAAAGAAAACGUCCAUCGGAGGCAUGGAUCCGGCAAAGAAACAAGUGACGGUCGCUGUCGACGGGAAUAAGCCAAAGAAAACUGUGUCGAAGAAAAAGUCGGUCCCAGGAAUGGAUGUGACCAAAGAAUUCAAUCGCUGUAGAGAAGAAGGAGCCACCAGAUUAGACCUUAGCAAGAAAGUUAUAUCAGUACUACCGCCUUCCGUGAAGGAACUAACCCAGCUAGUAGAAUUCUACCUGUACGGGAACCGGUUACAAAGUCUACCGCCGGAGAUCGGACAUCUAGUCAACCUACAGACCCUCGCUCUGAGCGAGAACUCCCUCACAACCCUUCCAGACCAGCUAGUAAACCUGAAGAAGUUGAAGGUGCUAGACCUCAGACAUAACAAGUUGAAAGAGAUCCCAGAUGUGGUAUACAGGCUGACUUCGCUGCAGACCCUUUUCCUAAGGUUCAAUAGGAUCACAGUUGUCGGGGACGACCUGCAAAGAUUAACGAAAUUGACCAUGCUUAGCUUGAGAGAGAACAAAAUCCGAGAGCUUCCCGGGGGGAUCGGCCAGCUGGUCAACCUGAUCAACCUGGACGUCUCGCACAAUCACCUGGAGCACCUGCCUGCAGAAAUUGGGAACUGUGUACAGAUGUCAUCACUAGACCUCCAACACAACGAGCUUCUGGAUCUACCAGAGACCAUAGGCAACCUCAAGUUACUCAGUAGACUAGGACUAAGGUACAACCGGUUGGCCUCAGUACCCAAGUCCUUGAGCAACUGUACAGAGAUGGAAGAGUUUAAUGCAGAGGGAAACAACCUGUCAUCGCUACCGGAGGGGUUGUUGUCCAGCCUUGUCAACAUGUCCAGUCUGACCCUCGCUAGGAACAACUUCAGCUCAUAUCCCAUUGGUGGACCAGCCCAGUUUGCCACUGUCUAUUCGAUCAACAUGGAGCAUAACCACAUCAACAAGAUUCCGUUUGGCAUCUUCUCUCGUGCCAAGUACCUGACCAAGCUGAACAUGAAGGACAACCAGCUUACAUCCCUGCCUCUAGAUGUGGGGACGUGGGAGAACAUGGUGGAACUGAACCUGGGCACCAACCAGCUGCAGAAGCUGCCUGAAGACAUUCAACAUCUCACCAACCUGGAGACACUCAUCCUCUCCAACAACCUGCUCAAGAAGCUGCCCCGUGGCAUCGGCAACCUCAGGAUGCUGCGUGUUCUGGAUCUAGAGGAGAACAGGCUGGAGUCCCUGCCGACAGAGAUAGCAUACUUGAGGGACUUGAACCGACUGGUGGUCCAGUCCAACCAGCUGACGACCAUGCCCCGAGCGAUCGGUCACCUGACCAACCUGACGUACCUGGGUGUGGGGGAGAACAACCUACAGCAGAUUCCAGAGGAGAUAGGUACAUUGGAGAACCUUGAGCAGCUGUACCUGAACGACAACACCAACCUGCACAGCCUGCCCUUCGAGCUGGCCCUGUGUGGUAACCUCCAGAUCAUGAGCAUCGAGAACUGUCCCCUCAGUCAGCUGCCCCCAGAGAUAGUCAGCGGUGGACCAUCCCUUGUCAUCCAGUUUCUGAAAAUGCAGGGUCCAUACAGACAGAUGGUGGCAUAAGGGCCUCUACGGUCAGCCAAAACUUCACGGAAGACGGGAAUGGAAAGAAGAAAACAAACGAGGAUGAACGAGAAUGAAGUUAAAGAAGAAAGGGACAGAGAGAAGGGCAGUUAUAAACGAUAAACAGUACAACUAUUUAUUUUCUGGAUGUACUUGUGGCUAUAAUGGUUUGAGAAUUGUUUCCCACAAGAAGAGAAGAAGAAGAAGGUAUUUGGUCGGUUACAAAGAAUAGGACAAGUUUUAAGCAGUGCUGCUUUACUUUUAACUCACUGUUAUAUAUCAUAUUAUAAGGGAACAAAACAUCACAUGCAGUGACCUGAAGGACAAAAAAGGGGAAACAACAACACCUAUAGAGUCACCAUUUUACAACUAGUGAGCCCUGCAAAUGCAAUGUACAAUAACAGAAUCAUCCAAGUAUACACUACAAAUAAACUAUGAAAUAUAGCCUAGAAAUGAAGAGAAAAACAGGGCACAAUGUUGAAGACUUUCGAAAGCAUAGGCAGUGUUACUCUCUCUCUCAGGCUGGUGAAGAAGUGAAAUUCAAGAAACUCUCGUAAACAAGAAGUUGUGAGAAUAUACAAGUUUGAAAGAAGUGCAGAUCAUGCAAGGAGGGAAAGUGUUGAUAGGUGCAGUUUUCAAGGGUCUUUUUUUCAGUUUCAGAACCUUUAGAAGCCGUAGUUUGAAAUGAGAAUGGUACAUCGCUGCUUUAUUAAUAUAUGAGCCAGAAAGCCAAUUUUGCCAUAGAUUUGCCACAAAGACACACAAGCUUUUAAUCUAGCUUCUUCAAUGCUUAAUGGAAGGGAGAAUGGUUUUUAGUUUAACAGUUUCUACUUUGUACAAUGUUUUUUAGGUGGAAGCUUAUACAUGUACACACCUACCAGGUUAUCAAGCAAGAAUGGGAUGGUGAAUUGUGGACUUUCUCUAAUUCAACUUUUCAUCAACAAUUGAAUAUAAAGAGCUUGUGAAUCAUUCAUAUCUAAUUUGAAGGGAAAUGAAGGACCAAUCCCAGGGUCUGUAUCCUAUUAGUCCUUGAAAUAGCAUGGCACAAGUCAGACAGCUUCUGAUACAUUGUUGAACUUCAAACGGUGCCCCCUUGCAUGUAAGGCACACACUGCAGGGUUUACAAGGCAUGUUCUGUGUGUGUCAAAUUUCAUAUUAGCUUCCAACAAAUGAUGACUUCACAAUUUGAGUUUUGCCUGUUUUAAGAUCUAGAGUAAGUCUCUCUUUCCACAGAGAUUUAAAUGUUUCCCUUUCUUCUAAAUUGUUACCAAACAAUACAUUGUGCAGGUACAUAUUGAAGAAUUAAAAGUGGACCCCAUCGGAAAUUACAACCUUUACAAGUGAAGAGCUUUGUCUGGGUGUUUCAAACCUUUUCAGAAAGCUUCAUACACAACAAAAGAACAAUCCCAUAGCUGCUGUCUCAUUGGUUAAACCACAAAUUGCCAUAUUCUCAUUGGUUGAACUGCUAAUUGUGAUUGGCAGUCAAGAUCAGGCUAUCAAAAUAUUUGCAUUUGUAAGAUUAUAUCUUUUCUGGAAUGAUUUUGCUCCUUAUAAUCCUGAAUCUCACAUAUUAUAAUUUGUAAAAAAGUUUUGUCCAAGACUCAGUAAUAUGGUGUAUGUCUUUCUUCCUUGAUCAAACCAAGAAUUGACAUAAUGAAGUAACAUGUGAAUAUUAGUUUUCUAUGACCUUGCUCAACUUCUAUUGCCAUUACUUCAGUACGUUUCCUUGCACUCGUAAUCUAGUAUGACAAUUUUCCAAUUGGAAAUGAGUCUAGAUCCUCACUGAUAAUGCAAAACUGUAUCAGCACAAAAUUCAUAAGUAGACAAAUUGAUAUAGGUUCGUCUUUUAGGGCUCAAAUUUUUUAAGUGUCUGAUGGUAAUGGUAUGCAAGUUAAUGCAACUUAUGUUAUUAGAAUAGCCUGCAACGAAAUACAUUCAAAAUUUAUAGCAGGUACUGAAGAAUUAAUAAAGAACUAUCUGUUUCGCAUAUUGUCAGUAACAUAGAACUUUUAUGUACAUUUUAACGUAGAGAUUUAUCCUGUGUAUUUUUUUGUUCAUAUCAGUCAGUCUUGCAAUAUUUUUUUCGAGUUACACUUCUGACUUAAACAGCAAGUUGAAAAUGUAUUAUUGUCUAUUGUACAGAAUUUUAUCAACAAUAUCAUGAUUUUCUUUGCAAGGCUACGCUUUGUCAGCUUAUUAUACGGGACAGGGUACUAAGAUUGUAACUUUGCAAAAAGAGAUGGUAUACAUUGUUAUGGGAAAAAUCUUUUAGAAUACAGGAUUCAGACCUAUAUGUGCAUUGAAAGGUAUAUAAAAAUUCAGAAAAGCAUGAACGAAAAGAAACAAUUAGAUGAUUGUAAAGGCUUGUGUAACAAUAAUUGCCAUCUCUCAUUAGAAUAUUGUUUCAUGUGAACUCUUUUUAUUCCACCAUAUCUCAAAUUAUGAACGAAUUUUACACAUAAGCUGCCCCCCUCCCCCACGUUGGACAACCAACAUGGUAGGAACAUGUUGACCAAUGGAACUGCUUCUUCCAGACUAGGAGUAAGGGUAAGGAGUUGUUGACCAAUGAAGUUGCAUCUUACAUACUAAGUAUGUACCUGUAUCAGAAAAAAGCAUGAUGGAAAUGGAAUUCUAUCGCCAUACGUUUAGCAAGCCUCCUGUGUACAUGUAUGGGCUGACUUAUAACAGCCAAAAUGCAAGAAAAAGACAGACAAAAACAUUGCAGCAGCUAUAAAGGUGGGCAACAUUAACGUUAACUGUCAUUUUUAUUUUCUUACCAUAUCUAAUUUGCAAUCUCGUGGACAUUGGACGAAACUAUUUUGAGAAAUUUUAACUGCCAGAAAAGUCGAGUCUAUGUUGAGUAGCACUUUUUGUACAGUAAAUAUUUUACUGUUAUGUAUACAAUAUAAUAUUCAUACGUGCUAUCACCACCUGCACCCUUUUUUAAGAGAUCCAAUUGUGCCAUUUUACGAAGCAUUUUGAUAGACAUAGAUCCAGCCUUUAUGUGUAAAUACUAAUUAUGCUAUUCCUUAAAUGUAUCGGUACGAUUUUAAUUUUACCAAAUUUCGGGCAUAUGUGCUGAUAGAUCUUCAAAAAUUUUUGCAAGUCGAGGAAGAAAGGGUAGAAAUUUUCGUGGGGCAUUGUACAUGUAGACCUUGGUCACUUAAUGUAGAAGUGUAAGAAGGUAUUAGCAUCCAGCCAUAUGAUUAUCAAUUAAAAUUAUAUGUUGUGUCGGAAGAAUACAAGAAUAAAUGGCUUUUUAUUACAAA